GCCCGCGGCUCGCUGGCGGCGCCUCGGCGCCCCCAGCGCCCCGCCGGCGGGCGCCUUAGGGCGGCGCCAUGGUGCAGGUGUUCUGGCUCGAGUACCCCGACCCGCUGGUCUGGUGGCAGCUCGCCGCCGUCUGCGCCGCGUGGGCGUGGGGUGCGUUCAUCAUCGGGUGCUUCGGGGUCGGAGGCGGGGUGAUCUUCGUGCCGGCGAUGCUGUUCCUGCCGGGCGUAGAGGCGCCCCUGGCGGUGGGCACCACGUUCUGCUCCGUGCUGCUGCUGAACGCCGCCCGCUGGCUCCAGCUGCUGUACUACGGGGACCUCGACGUCCGCAGCGCCCUGCUGCUGCUCCCGCCCGCCGCUGUGGGCGCCCUGCUGGGCCAGGCGCUGCUGCCCUACGUCCCGAGCUUCGUGGUGGCCUUCGUGGUCUCGGCCAUCUCCGUUUUCGCGGGCGCGCAGACCACCAAGCGCGUGGUCCGUGAACGGCGCGCCGCGCGCGCGCAAGCGAGCGCCGCCGCCACUGCCGAGCCGGCCGCCGCUGCCGUCUCGGCGCCGAGGCUUGGCGCCGAGAGCGGGUCAGGCGCGUGCGGCGGCGAGAGCGUGGGCCCGCGGCCGAUCGGCGCGCGGGCCGUCGUUUUGCACGGGGCGCGGCCCAGCGCGGAGUUGCGGCCCCACCUCGAAGGCACGGCCGCGGUGGCCGAGAGCCCGAGUGCCGACCUAGCCAUGCCGGCGGCGGGCGGCUGCGACCUGGCCGGCCUCGGCGGUGCUCUGUGCCCCGGGGCGGCUUGCGGCGGCCCCGCCUGCCUCGGGGCGCCGCUCUGGCGGCGCAGCCCGGCGCCCCCGAGCGGCGCGCGGAGCUCCCUGGCGUGUCGCGCCGGCCCCAGCCCGCCCCAGGGCGGCCUCGGCGCCGCCGCCACUGCGAGCCCUCGGGGGCAGGCUGCCGGCGCAGAAGCCGCGGGGGCGCCACUGCGCUCGGGAGGCGGAGCGGAGGGCGGAGGGCGUAUCGCAGAGGCGCCGCUGGGAACCCUCGGCCUCGCGGGCGGCGCCGCGGGCGGCGCCGGGCGCGGGGCCGCCGCGAGUGCACGGCUCGGGGGGGAGCCGGCGGCCCCUGCCAGGGCGCCGUCUCGCUCGUCUUUGCUGCUGGCCAGGGCAGCGCUGGCGGAGGUCCUGGCGGGCAGGUCUGCGGGCGACGUGGCCGCCUUGAUGCUCAUCAGCCUGGUGACGGCCUUCCUCUCCUCCCUCGCCGGGGUCGGGGGGCCUGUGAUUUUGUUCCCCCUGUGGCUGAUGUGGGACCCCACCACCCCCAUGAAGCAGCUCGUCGGACUUUCGAUCCCGUUCAGCUGUGUACUGGUCGUUUCGUCGGCAGUCGGCGCACUCACGUUGGGCACAGUGGACUUGGGGCUGGCCUCGAUCUUCUCUGUCGUGAGCACGGCGUCUGCUCUGUUGGGUGGCAUGUUCAUGAAGCGCAUGGCAGACAGCAAGUUGAAGCUUGUGGUCGGAAUUGUCUUGAUGCUCGUGGGGGUCGCGUCGGCAGCUCGCACUUUCAUAAGCCUGGCAGCGUGAACAAAAUAUCGGCGACGAGAGCGCACGGACGGGACAAUCCCAGCGCGCGCGUGGUGUGGUCGCUGCGCACGGGUGCCUGGAGGCCACAGGGCACGACUCCGAC